AUGACAUCCAAUCUGAUAGAUAUAGAUAGUUUAAUUGGUGAUGAUAACAAUAAUAAUAAUAGUAAUAGUAAUAUAAAUAACAAUAAUAGUUUAGAUUUAUUUAAACAAAAUACAUUUAGAAGAUUUGGUAUUGAAGUUUAUUGUAAAAACAACAACAACAAUAGUAAUAGAAAAGAUACUUUAAUAGAUACUAAAGGAUAUAGAUUAUCGGUAUUACCGUUUUUCUUUAAGAAUAGAGUGAAUUUCCUACCUAGGUCACAACAGCAACAGAGUAGUAGUCCAAUUAGAACGACCAAUCAUAUACCGGUACCACCUUCUUACAAUGCAUCUGAAGACGCUGGAAUACCUACACAGUUGAAUCAACCGAUAUUCGACAUCCUCUCGAAAUCGAAAUACAUAUCCACACAGACACAUGAGAAUCUCUGUGAAUUCAUAGCUGCUGAACCUUCACAAAAACAUCAUGUUAUAUCUGAAGAUUAUGAUCUUUCUUUAUCUAGUAUGAUGAAAGAUGGUCCGCUGACAUCAGAGCAAAUCGGAUCUUUUUCAUAUCAAAUAUUGAAAGGAUUGGUUCAUCUUCAUCAAAAUCGUAUCACUCAUAGAAAUCUAUCAACAGAGAAUAUAAAGUUAGAUUCAAAUAGAAAUAUUAAGUUAUCGAAUUAUUCACUAUAUUAUCUAUCGAAUCAAGGUGAGAAUGUAGCAUUUCCAAUUGGUAAUCUUUGUAAUUUGUCACCGGAAUCGAUAUUGAGUGAUCGUGAUCUGAAAGGCUCGAGCAAUCCAAAGUGUGAUGUCUGGUCGUUGGGUUGUAUCAUCUUGGAGAUGGCAUUCGGACAUUGUCUAUGGUACGAUAAAGAUCCAUCGGUUGUACUCAAUCGUCUUUUAUAUCUCUCGAAUCUACCAUCCAACCAAACAUACAAUAUAAAGACACAACAAUUUGAAUUGAUAAAUAAUGGUACUGUAGUAGCUGAUAACACUAAGAGUAAUAGUACGAUUUCAAAGAUUCUAGAGAAUCAAAGUAAUAUGAAGAGAUUCCUUAGGAAUGCACCAUCACCAGGUUUGGAUUGUUUGCCCGAUUUACUGGUGCAGUUUAUCAAUUGCUGUUUGACUGUCAACUCUGAGACACGUCCGUCCUCUGCAGAGCUGCUGGAACAUCCUUAUUUCGAUGCGAUACGCAAGGUCGAUCGGUAUGCGCCGGUCUAUGUGGAGCGACCAGCAGUAAAGUCACUGGAGUUGCCCGAUGACUUGGAGGCGAAUGCCGAAUCGAUUCUCAAUGAUACCGGCAGUCAAGAUAGAGAUAUAUUCUCGGGUGCUGAGAUAUACUAUCUCUGGAGGUUGGCAGGUGGUGAUAUCGAGCGAGAGUUGGUGGCACAAGGGCUAGCUAAUCCUUCGCCAUCCGUCCACAAACUUCCGCUUUUCGUACCGCUUGUCAAGUCUGGAACAACAACAGCUUCUUCUUCACCAACCAUGUCGAAUUCACUUGGUGACUUGCUAACAGUGGCGUCGACGCCAAAGGAAUCAUCUUCACAACAACCAAACAACAACAAGACAACUAAAUUUGGAGAUUAUAAAGCUGUACUUUAUAAUUCUAAAACAUGUGUUUUGUCAAUCGAUAGAAUUGUCGAGAGAAUCAGACAGGCCUAUGGAAUUAGAAAUGAAUUGUUGGAAGCUGAUAAUAUCGGUGGAGAUGGCUAUCUAUUUGGCAGUGGAACAAGUAGUAAGCAGAGUGGAGUCGCCGGUAGUUCUCAGAGAACACCGGAUCAAGAGUUGGAAUAUCAGAUUGCAAGACUGGCUGCUUUCCACGACGCUCUCUACAACGAUGCUCUCGAGAAAUUCAACAUCACUCCACUGAGUACCACCAUUUCGAAAUCGGUCAGUAACAUCGACGAUGAGCUGUGGUGGAUGAAAGAAGUACCAAUGGAAAAGAAGAAACAAGAACUGUUCCCGCGAAUGGGUAUACACGAUUUGAUCAACAAUCCAAACUCAAAGAUUCUCGAUAUUCGACCAUCGAAACAAUUCCAACAGUGUCACUAUCCAAACUCUGUAAAUAUCAAUUAUAUACACACUGCCACACCAGCCAACCAACAACAGAAUCCACAUCAAAUGCAUCUCGGUACACUUCAACAAGCAAGCUCAGUUGCACAGCAGCAAGUGGCAACAACCACUCAACAGAAACCACCCAAACCUUUUAACCCAGCAAUACUCGAACAAUAUCGUGGACAUCCAAUCGUCGUAAUAGCAGGUCGUGGUGACGAAGGAGUAGACUUUUGUAACCAAUUGGUUCGUUGGAAAUUCCCAUUCGUAGCACUACUCAAUGGUGGAAUGGAUGCACUCGAGCAUGGUGCACAAACACUUUUAAUAACCAAUGAAUCAUAA